UACUUAUGAACAUUUUACGUACAGUUCACUUUGAGCCAUCAAGAUGAUAGCUCUAAUCAUCAUUUCUACUCUCUUAAAUGUAGUGAUUGCACAACAGUCUUCCUUAAGGUGUACUUAUGCCCUCUACGGUGGAACAUAUACCUGUGAUCUAACAAUAAAUAAUCCGAAUGGAUUCAAUAACUUUACGGAAAUCGAAGGUAUUCAUUUGGAAGGACAUACCAAUGCUGACGUAACGACUGUGUACAGGGUCAGUGGCGUUAGUACAAAUGUACCCAGUAUCAUUUGCGAACAAUUUCCAAAUCUUGAUUCCAUUGGGAUGUACUUUACUGGACUGAUUGCAAUUGGUGAUAGUGACUUUGCCGGCUGUACACGGGUUACUGAACUUGGCUUAUCUGCUAAUUCGAUUAGUUCAAUCUCAGCGGACGCCUUCGUCACCUUGCCCAACCUUGUGGAUAUUAAUUUGGACACGAAUUCACUGACAACUUUGCCGGAGAAUGUGUUUUCGAAUCAACGAAAUUUGGAGGACUUGGAUUUGAGUUUCAAUCCGUUCCAAGAUAUACCAGCUGGUGUAUUCCGGCCUCUCGAAAAUCUUCAGUAUCUCCAUCUCAUCAGCGCAAAUCUCAAUGCAAUCAAUAACCAAUGGUUUUCAGCGAAUGAUCGUCUUAUCUACUUGACGUUGGCAGAAAAUCGGGUCACACUGUCGCAAGAUAGUUUCAAUGGAUUGGAAGCGUUGCGUACACUCGAUUUGGGAAGUAACAUGAUUACUCAAAUUCCACCAGGAGCUUUCGCACAACUGCAGAAUCUAGAAAACUUAAACUUAUUCCGCAACGGUUUAACGGAACUUCAACCGGAUUUUUUCGCUGAUCUCAGCCGAUUGGUGUCUCUUGACAUCAGUUCUAAUCCGAUUCAAGUGAUUAACUCGGGGGCAUUUCGAGGACUGGACAAUCUUCUAGAGUUAUACAUGUCACAAUGUCGUUUACGGCAGCUGCAAUCCGAUAGUUUUGAGGACUUAAUCAAUUUGAUAUCGUUGAAUUUGAAUUUUAACGAAAUCGAGGAACUUCCGCAGGGUGUUUUCGUUCCGAUGCCGAAUCUUACUUACAUCGGCUUGUGGAGUAAUCGUUUGAAGACUGUACGAAGAAGUAGUUUCGGAACAUUGACUAACUUGGAAGCGUUGGAUUUAGAUGAAAACAUUGUGAAUGCUCUGGAUAGAGCAAUCAUUGAUGAUGCGACCAGCCUUGAUACACUUAGUUUCAUUGGCAAUCUGUGUGCCAACAACUAUUUUCUGAAUUUUCGAAUUAGUCGAGCUCAAUUUUUGGUCAUGCUGGAGACAUGCUUCAGCAAUAUGCGAUACAUCAUAGACACAGUAACUGAGGGCGACGAUGCAUUUUCGUUCUUCGAUGGACGAAAUCCUGGAAUUGUCGUACGUGUUAACACCACCAAUGAAGUUCAAAUUGCUCUCACACCAUUCGACUUUGCAUGGCGUCCAAUGAUCGAAAUUUUCAUUGGUGCAUCGAACAACACAAGAUCCGUUAUUCGGAUGAAUCAAGACACGAAUGUUGUCAGCGUGCCCACACCAAAUAUUAUCUCGCCCGAUCAAUGGAACGAUUUUCGAAUCACUUGGGUGAAUCAAAUUAUUCUGGUUUACAGUGGAAAUGAUGAGUUCCCUUUCAUGGCUUUCGCGAUGCAAGAUUUCUUCCCGGUUAGCUUUUAUGGUUUGAGGGCUGUUGGAACAAGAGCGUCAUGGAGUGUACAACCUUUGGAUUAACGUUCGCCGAACAUGUAUCAAUUCGAAUGGACUUUGAAUUAUUGAUAUAAAUUGUACGACCUGUGACCUCGUGUAAAUAAAUUUUGAUUCAUCAUUGGU